AUGGACGCCACCAACGACCCUGUUGUAUCUGUCCUUCCCAUCUAUCUCUCUAAUCAUCUAGCACCAGAUGUUCACUUGCACCAGUUUCCAUUACUCAAUCGUCCACUAGAGGUCCCUCCGUCCGCUGCUCUCAGUGGGAAACGCAUCCGAGCCCGAAUCAAGCCUGAGGUCAAGCGAGUUGAAAUCCAUCUGCCUGUCGAUACACGCCCAGAGGUCUGGAAUACGGACAGGUCGAAGGAUUUAGGUUCAGGGCGUGCGGAAGAUGAUAAGGAGAAGAAUCAGGACGCUGGGAAGGUGAAGCUGAAGGAGGGAGAGGAACCGCGUCUCACGGAAAUCCGUCUACAAAGCGAGCAAAUCCAACACACAGGAGCAUAUGUACUUGGCAUUGUCCGAGAGGGGCAUCUUCACUUGCAUCCUAUUAGCGAAACUCACCAGCUUCGUCCGACUCUGACAUACUUGGACGCCCUGUCACGAAAAAGCAAACGACGAGGUGAUUCUGAUGACGACUCGGACGAUGGGCCACCCCCUGAUCCUGACGAGCCUGUACCGGUUGCUGCGCCGAAGAAGGAGAAGAAACCAGCUGGGGAAGCGAGGGAUGUGCAAGUCGCUGUACGAAAGGCCGAAGACAAGUCAAGUAUGGUUCCUCAAGGCGGGCUUUCCACGGUCCGUAGAGAGAUGCUGGCCGCUAUCCGAGCAGAACAGGACGAGAGCUGGCAGGAUUAUGACUUCCAUGGUGUCGAGGCCGGUGAAUCGGAGGAGGCAUACGAGGCACUCUUCGGCCAACAACCUGAAGAUUUGGAGUGCAAAACCAGCAUGACCGCUUUCUUGAAGGGCAUCAACGGGCUCUCAUAG